AUGCCGGUUCUUCGCCGCUUCCUCGAGUUUUAUACUCCUCCGGAACACCAGCUCCGGGGCCAUAUGGGCCAUACGCUCCACCUCCGGCGCCAUAUAGUUCAUACCCUCUGCCUCCGUAUCCAUACCCCCAACCACCUCCUACAGGUGCAUGCUUGGAUUUUUAACUCCAAGGACUCUGUCGUCGGUAAUUGCAAGACCGGCACUAGUUUUUGGGGUCAGAUAGCUGAAACCUUCAACUCUACCUCCGAGCCUGCCCGUCGUCGGACCUCCAAGCAACUGAAGGAUCAUUGGAACGCCUACAACAAGGAGGUGUCCCUGUUCAAUGGAUACUACAUCCAAGAAUCAGGGUUACGUCAGAGUGGAGCAGACGAUGAUAUGGUCAUGAAGGCGGCAAUGGAGAGGUACGCCGCAGACAAAAGAGUGACUCAGCCGUUCAGACGGCACCACUGGUGGGAAGCUGUUCGCAAUGAAGCGAAGUGGAAAGGACAACAUGGUCCUGGUAGUGGAACCGAUUCCACAUCGAAGAGAAGCCGUCUGGGAGUUUCUGGUGAGUACAGCUCUGGCGACGCGACUACGGAGGAGGAGCGUCCACCGGGCCGCGAUAGGGCGAAGGCCGCGGCACGUAGGGAACGGAGGAAGGGGAAGGAAACCUCAUCAAGCAGUGAGGUAGGAAGUAAAUCCUUCGCCAUGAGGAACAUGAUGAAGGGUUUAGUGAAGGCUAAGCUAUUCAAGCAAUGGAACAAAAUGAAAGACCGAUCAACCGACGACAUGAACGAAGCAGAAAAGCGCAAACAUGCGAAGGCGAUCAAGAUGUGCGAAAAAGAGCUUGAAAAAUCCCCACCGCUACCCGCGUCCAUGGCCGCCUGGCUCCGCUCCAAGAUCGCCGACGCACUCCGCUUAAGCUGUUGA